CCCACAACGAAGGGCACAAACAUGCCCCUCCUUUAGAGUUAAUACCCAGUGUUCUUAUCCAGGGUGUAAGUUGAUAACACAAAAUAUUGCCACAAUCCAUAAAAUCAUUACUUAAAACAUAUGUACAUAUAUACAUAUAUGUAUAUAUUACAUAACUAUAUUACAUAGUUUUUACGUAAUACCCUUAUUUGUAACUGCCCUCAAUUAGUACACCAGUGCAUUUUCAUAACAGCCUACAAUGCAUUGUAAUUGGAUGCUUGCUGCUCCUUCAAGUUCCUUAAAACCCCUGAUAGGACAAGGUCAUUCCACAGUAGGGAACUCUCUUGUACACUCAAGAUGAAGAUAAGUGCUCUCAGAUUCCUCAUUCUCACAGUUCUGUUCAAACUGGCCCUUGGUGUCCUCCCUGGGCACAAUCAUUAUGUCAGCAGAAAAAUGACUUGGUCAGACGCCAGAACAUACUGCAGAGAGCACUACACUGAUCUGUCUUCAAUCAACAAUCAGAAAGAAGAAGAUGCACUGCUUCAACUUUCUUCUCUUGUUCAUUCAGAUUCAGAGGAAAAGGAUAAUGUAUCACUUCAACAAGACAGUUGGAUUGGCCUCUACAGUGAUGACCAUGACACUUGGAAGUGGUCAGGAGGAACAAAUGCAUCUUUCUUCAGCUGGACAAAAGAGAAUAAUGCAGCUGCAAACACAAAAUGUGUUGUAUUCAGUCAAGCUGGCUGGCUUAAAAAGAACUGUGAGAACAAAUUCAGCUUCUUCUGUUUUCACAACAACAUGGUGUUGGUGAAAGAAAACAAAACGUGGGAGGAAGCACUCGAUCACUGUCGCAGCCAGAACAUGGAACUGGUCAGUUUACUUUCUACGACAGCACUGGAUCAAGUCCUGCAAACAAGCAAGGCAGCGGAGACUGACCAUGUGUGGAUCAGCCUGCGCUACCUAGGUGGCACCUGGCUGUGGGUGGAUAGGGCCAUUGACGACCAGCAGUCUAGAAUCCAACAGGAGCUGCCUCAGUGUCCCACCUGGACUCACCGUUGUGCAGCCUUCUCACUGAGGAAGCGGCGUUUGGACAGCUGGGACUGUGCAGACAGGCUGAACUUUGUCUGCUAUUGUAAAUGUUUCCAUCUGUUGUAGGAUAAACUGUCAGUGCAGUGUGAUAUACAUAUAAUCUAUACUACGAAAUCAAAUUUGAGCUCAUAUAGAUAUAUCUAUGGCUUUACAAACAUAAAUGGAUUAUGUUGUUCUAAAAUGUAAC